GUGGGGAAGAAAGUCGUUGCCAUUCGACCUCUGCGGGGCCUGCGCGGACGCAGCGAGAACCCUGAAAUUCAUUAUGCGUUUAAAACCUUUAUUUAUUUCCGCAUAACCUACAUACUCUCACCGGGAGGGCCAAAGCGGAGAAAAGCAACGACGACGGUCCAUCUCUUCGGGAAAAUACACCGUUUUAUAAAUACAUGAUUUUUGUUCGGAGUGGAAUACUGUUGAGAAAGUGAAGAUUGUAAUAUAUAUUUAAAAAAAAAAAAUGUCCGGUGAGAGAAACCGCAGGUCGCUGGCUUUCCGAGGAGGUGGAUUAGCCGGGGUAACGGGUCGCGGCGGUUUCGGUGGGGGUAACUGUAACAGCUGGGAGGCCCCGGCCUGUCAAGACCGACAUUUUAACGGGAACAGGCCGGAUCAAGACGAGGACAGCGAUCUGGGGGCGAAAGGAUCAUCGCAGAAGAGAGUGGAGGGCGCGGGGUCUGUCAGCGAUAGCACGGAACCCGAGGCGGAGGAGGAAGAAGAGGACCCGGAAGAGGGCAGCUCCGCGGCGGGGGACGGCGACGAUCGCAUCGGCUCGGUGGAAGGAGAGGACGGGUCCGGGGAGGGGAAUAGCUCGACGGAGGGAAACGGUCUCAACGACGCCGACGGCCGGGAGUCGGGAAGCGGGGCGAACGGGGCCGACUCGGGAUCCAGGAAAUCAGGGGUGGAGAUGAGACCGCAGACGUUGCUUCUGAAACACUCGUUAUUCCAUGCUAAGUGGUUGCAAGAAUUCCCAUGGCUCAAAUUUUGCCAGGAGACGGGACUUAUGUCCUGUUCUUGGUGUCACAACAUUGCCACUAAAAACAGCGACGAGCUUGUCAAAGGCAGUCGCAACUACAAGCGGGCCCUGCUGCUGAGACAUCACCUGUCUUCGGAGCACGGGAGAAAUGACCCCACCAAACAGGAGACAAUGAGGCCCUCGGACAACGGCAGCCCCUCCACUAACUGCUCAGAGGAAGACUACCGCAGCAAGCCCCAUGAAAACUCUUACUGUUGCCAGCUUCUCCAGGAGCUGGACAAGCAACGCAAAAAUGGCAUCCUCUGCGACGUCAACAUAGUCGUCUCGGGCCAGGUGUUCCGCGCGCACAAGAACAUCCUGGUGGCGGGCAGCCGCUACUUCAAAACCCUCUACUGUCUGACCAAAGGCGAUGCGCAGGACCAGGCCACCGUCACGCACCUGGAUGUCGCUGCUGUGCAGGGCUUCUCGGUUAUCCUCGACUUCCUCUACUCCGGGAGCCUGCUGCUCACAAGCCAAAACGCCAUUGAGGUGAUGUCCGUCGCCAGUUACCUCCAGAUGACCGAGGUUGUACAUUCGUGUAGGGCAUUCAUAAAGGACGCCCUGAAUAUCAGCAUCAAGCAGGAGGCCCCCGACUCCGUGGUGGUGGACUACAACAAGAGGCAGACGGUGUCCAAAGAGGGACACAGAGGGCUGGACCGAAAGCCGAGCAACUUCUGGGCCACCACCAUCCUAUCGAAGCUGUCAAUCAAGGCCAGCAACAACAAUCAAGGCAAGGACGUGAUGGAUGAGGAAGACGAAGGUGCUCGGGUGAAGGACGAGACAAGUGACAUCGAGGUGACAAUGGUUCGUGGUGAGGGCUGUGCCUCCGGGAACUGGACCCACCACAACGACAACUCGUCAGAUUCCGCAGAGACCAAUGAAACGCGGCCGGCGAGUGGCCAGGUGCAGGUGUUCGUCUGGAACGAGCCGGCCACAGGCGGCGCCGCCGCAGCCCCCGCGGCGAUAAAGCGAGAAGCGCCGGAUGCCGCGGCGGGAAGUGGGCGAAGGAAAAAGCAGACCACCACGCGGCGCUUCGUGUACAACUUUCCACCGGAGCCCGAGGAGGGGUUUGACGGGAUGUUCCUCCAGCCCUCUGCCUCCUACCCCAGAGAGGACUUCUCCUCCCUCUCCGAAAAUGCCGAGCUGGCCAAUCAGUUCCAGUAUAGCAUCAUCCAGGAUUUACCACAAGGGGAGUCCUGGGAGAAUGGCGAGUCCUCACACCUAGCCCUCAAUAAGCUCAAGUGCCCGCACUGUAACUACAUCGCCAAGCACCGCCGCACGCUCAAGAGGCACCUGAUCAUCCAUUCGGGCGUGCGUUCCUUCAGCUGCGACAUCUGUGGCAAACUGUUCACCCGCCGUGAGCACGUAAAGAGACAUUCCCUGGUGCACAAGAAGGACAAAAAGUACAAGUGCAUGGUGUGCAAGAAGAUCUUCAUGCUUGCAGCCAGCGUCGGUAUCCGUCACGGCUCGCGGCGCUACGGUGUGUGUGCGGACUGCGCUGAUUCGCACCAGGCAACUCAGGAGGGCAUGGAGGGCAUGGAGUUUCCCCGCGACGAAGACUUCGAGGGCGAGGAGGGAGACGACCUGGAUGGGGAGGAGCCUGCCAACAACGACCAAUCAAACUGGGGUGAGGGCAACGCUGGUGCUGCCCCGAAAGAGGACAAAGAAUUUUAACAAGCUUGAGAAACAAAACAAAAAAGUUGAUGUUUAAUAUAUAUGUACACAAAAACUAGCUGGUAAACAAUCAACUCCAAAGUGCUAUCAAACCUUGAGGUUACUUAAUUGUGCAAGUAUAUGACAAAGAGAUGGAUUAAAAGAAAAGGCUUUCGUAGUGGGAACUCCAAGAUGUACAGAUUUUAUUAUUGUUAAAUGUGUCCAACUCUGGGCCCAGAGCCCACGAAAGAACGAGUUUAUCCACGAAUAAUAUGAUAAAUCAGGUUUUUGGUGAUGUAUUUUAUUUCCUGUUUUUCGGGGUGGGGGGAGUUGGGCAGGGUGAUGAUGUAGUUUUUGAGUUGGGGGGGGGUAGGCCAAUCAUCUAAAAAACAAAAGAAGUAAAAAAAACGAUGUUAAUUAUUUAAUUUAUGAAGAGAUGUUGUUAUGGUCUUAUUGCUAAUUUUUUUUAUUGUGUUUAUUGUCUGCGAGCAGAGGCACAGUAAUGGCUGUUGCUUUCUGCACAAUCUGAACGUAUAUAUUGCUUUGUGCUUGUAGAAGUACACAGAAGAAGAGCAUUAUUGUCCACAGGAAGAUUUUUACCUUGCUCUGUAGAUCUUAGAUGCGCUAAAUAUUAUAUUAUUCUUUAAAUUUCCUUUUUUUUUCUUUCCCUGUACAAAUCUUGGAACCAAAAAAAUCUGUUUUGCGACUCUAAUGUAUCACAGCCAUAUUUAUGAUUAAUUUAAGAGCGCUGUGAUAUUGUGCCAAACAGACCGCACACCAAGAUUUAGCAGGAAGCAAAAACUACUGAAUACGCUGAGAAAAAAGAUGAGGUGAGGAGGUUUUUUUUCUUUGUUAAGCGGGAAAUAAUAUGAAUUUAAAAAAAGCGAAAGUACAAGGGGAAAUGUUAUUGCUAGCUUUAUACAAAUCACAGCGUCACAGUAACACUUUAUUAUAAACAAAAGCAUUUGACUUUCACUUAAAGCUUGAAUUUUGCCAAAUGACGAAACGUUUGGUGCUGUAAUGCUUUGUCGCAGAAUACUGGACCUAAAGGCUAUAUAUGAUGUUUAUAAUCAUAAGGCUUAAACUGACUCAGUUAUACAUAUGUAAUCAGCUUAAACUAUAGAACACUGUUGUGCUACGGCGACUAUCAGGUAUGCUUUGCCAUUGUUUUUAAGCUUUUUAUUUUAUUGAAUGCCCACACACACCAUUUUGUAGAACUACCGGCAGUACUUGUAAUUGAGAGAGGACCUAAGUGGACAUCAAUACCUGUAUACGUUUGUUUAUAUUUGGUACUGAGUUAUAAAGUAAAUACAGUUUAUAUAUAUAUAUAUAUAUAUAUAUUUACUAUUUACUUUUUUGAAUAUCACUUGACCAUUGUGAGAAGAAAGCAGAAAGUCAUGAUGUGUGAUUUUACCGUCUGACAGAACUCCAGUUUUCAUGUGUAAAAGUUAAACAAAAUGUCACGGUUUGAUUUGAUGUCGGUAUGUUUUUAUUUCUUUAGGUCUGCCGGGUAGAAAUACUUUGUUCCACCAAAAGUGAAGCUCUAUGGCGCCUCAUAGACAUGCACUUACCUUUUGUGUUCAUGAAAAUCAUUUUUUUUUAUGUUCUUCGUUUCCCCAAAAGCGGGUCUGAAUGGAACUAUAUAAACUGUUGUGGCUUUCUUCCAAUGCACAACUUUUUUUUUAUUAGACAUUUUUUGUUUUUUGUUAUUUAAUAUUAUAUAUUGACUCCAAAAUGCAAUCAAGACUGUUAAUUUCUAUUUGUCCAACCAAAAUUGUUGUUUUAAUUAUUGUUGAGCUAUAAUGUAUGAGAAAUGCCAGGUGACAACUUGCUUAGUGUAGAAAAUCCUUGCUUGUGUCUGUAAUUGUUGAGAUUUUUAAAAUGUUUUUAUGCUACAAAAUCAUUCACUUUACCCUGGAUACAUAUUUUCGUUUAAUUUUGUUCUUUUACACAGAUGUUUCCUUUCUCCUUUUGUUCUUUCAUCAAGCACAUAUUUUCUAAAGAAACACGGAUUGUUUGCGGGUUAAAACCUUGGAACAGCAGUAUCUGUUCAUAUGCAGUGGAAUAUACAGUUUAUACUGAAGUGCUAAUGAUGCAGAAGAUGUGUAACCUCCCUUUACUCUCAGUGGAAGAAGAUAUAUUUUAAAUCCUACAAAUAUUCAUCCUCUUCCCGUCACUUUUACCUUCAAAUCACUGUGGGAGGGGUUAUGUUAUGGACAGAGAUAUAUAUAUAUCUAUAUACGUGGAGAUUAUAUGAGAUGAAUAUAUAAAUAUAUAUAUGAAGAAUAUAUUAUUUAACCAGUGGAUUUACUUAAUCAAUCACAUUGUCGGUCAACUCCAGACCUGUUGGCCGGGUGGUUUAUUUCCGUGAACUUUACCCUUCCUCUUUCGCUCUCUGUUCACGCUGUGUGCUUGCUCAUUUCACCUUCCUGUUGUCUUGUUUGUUCUUUUGAUACUAUACCAUCCUACUGAUUUUACUGUAAUGAAUGAAACUCAAAACUAUGAUGUAUCAUUUUAGAUUUUAUGCUGUAUUUGUUAUAUGGACAACAAAAAAACACAGAAAACAAAGCAAAAACACUACAGAUUUAAAGCAGAGGUUUUUUUUCCCCAGCUGUAUUUUUUUACGCUGUUGCAAAAGGUUGUAUUUUUCAAUUUCUCUCGAACUUUAACAGUGAUGCAAAACUUGGGCCGCGCCUCAGUGCCCUCCGAACACAGAGCAAAUUCAGGUUACUCUUUUUACGUUUUUAUCAAAGGUUUUCAAAGAUGGAACUACAUUCUCCUUUUUUCUGUCUGAAUUGUACUACUGUUCCUCUCUAUACUACAUUUUAAGAAUAAAACUUUGAUAUUGCUUUAA